UACUGUGACGUGAAACGAAUUUCUCGUUUAUCUGGCUGAGCGUGUCUAGUACAGGCUACAUCCGGGACAGUGUGGAUGCAAGCAGCGGUGCUGCGGUGGCUAAUAAUGGCUGACUGACCGGAGGCUCUGGAUUAGCAAGUGGGUGUAGUGCUGGGAGAGCUGAUAGUGGGAACAGUGAGCAGAGCGGCAUUAAGAGCACGAGGGAGAGCAGGUCAGGAGGAGAGGGGUGUGGUCAGCCGGUCAUCACCAUGUCCAAGAGCAAGAGCUCAGAGUCUGUAAAGGUGGUGGUGCGCUGCCGGCCCAUGAACGACAAGGAGCGGGCGGCCAACUUUGAGCGCGUGGUGUCGGUGGACGUGAAGCUGGGCCAGGUGGUGGUGCGCCCGCCCCGGGGCCAUGAGCACCCCAAGGUGUUCACUUUCGACUCGGUCUACGACUGGAACUCCAAGCAGGUGGACCUUUACGACGAGACCUUCCGGCCGCUGGUGGAUUCGGUGCUGCUGGGAUUCAACGGGACCAUCUUUGCAUACGGUCAGACGGGCACCGGGAAGACCUACACCAUGGAGGGCGUGAGGAACGAUGUGGAGCACAGAGGAGUCAUCCCCAACUCCUUCGAGCACGUCUUCACUCACAUCUCCCGCUCGCAGAACCAGCAGUACCUGGUCAGGGCAUCUUACCUGGAGAUCUACCAGGAGGAGAUCCGGGAUCUCCUCUCCAAGGACCAAUCACGUCGCCUGGAGCUGAAGGAGAGGCCCGACACGGGCGUGUACGUCAAGGACCUGUCAUCGUUCGUCACCAAGAGCGUGCGCGAGAUUGAACACGUAAUGAACGUGGGCAACCAGAACCGCUCGGUGGGAGCCACCAACAUGAACGAGCACAGCUCCCGCUCGCAUGCCAUCUUCGUCAUCACGGUGGAGUGCAGCGAGCUGGGCCCGGACGGGGAGAACCACAUCCGGGUGGGGAAGCUCAACCUGGUGGACCUGGCAGGCAGCGAGAGGCAGACCAAGACGGGUGCCCAGGGGGAGCGCCUGAAGGAGGCCACCAAGAUCAACCUGUCCCUGUCAGCCCUGGGGAACGUGAUCUCCGCCCUGGUUGACGGGAGGAGCACCCACAUCCCCUACAGGGACUCCAAGCUCACCCGGCUGCUGCAGGACUCCCUGGGGGGGAACGCCCGCACCGUCAUGGUGGCCAACAUUGGGCCGGCCUCCUACAACGUGGAGGAGACUCUGACCACACUGCGCUACUCCAACAGGGCCAAGAACAUCAAGAACAAGCCCCGCGUCAACGAGGACCCCAAGGAUGCCCUGCUCAGGGAGUUCCAGGAGGAGAUCGCUCGCCUGAAGGAGCAGCUGGAGAAACGCUCUGGGAAGAAGAAGAAGAGGAGGAGGAGGAGAGGGGGGGAGGAGGAGGGCGAGGAGGAGCUGGAGGACGGGGAGACGGAGGAUGAGGAGGAGGAAGGAGCGGAGGGGGAGGAGGGGGUGGGAGCGGACUACUGGCGGGAGCAGCAGGAGAAGUUGGAGGGAGAGAGGAGAGCCAUCAUGGAGGAUCACAGCUUGGUGGCAGGAGAGAAGGAGAAGCUCCUCCGACAGAAGGAGAAGAAGAUGGACGCGCUGAAGAAGGAGAGGGAGGCAGGAGAGAUGCUCGCUGCUAAAGUCAAGGCAAUGGAGAGCAAGCUCUUGGUUGGAGGGAAGAACAUUGUGGACCACACCAACGAGCAGCAGAGGAUCCUGGAGCAGAAGAGACAGGAGAUAGCAGAGCAGAAGCGGCGUGAGAGAGAGAUGCAGCAGCAGGUGGAGUGUCGUGAUGAAGAGACUCUGGAGCUGAAGGAGACCUACAGCUCACUGCAGCAGGAGGUCGACAUCAAGACCAAGAAGCUGAAGAAGCUGUUUGCGAAGCUGCAGGCAGUGAAGGCAGAGAUCCAUGAUGUGCAAGAGGAGCACAUCCAGGAGAGGCAGGAGCUGGCCCAGACCCAGAACGAGCUGACCAGGGAACUCAAACUCAAACACUUGAUCAUAGAGAACUUCAUCCCUCAGGAGGAGAAGAACAAGAUAGUGAACCGAGCUUUCCUGGACGAUGAGAAUGACCACUGGAAGAUGAAGCCCAUCACACGCAUAGAGGAUGACCAGCAGAUGAUGAAGCGGCCGGUGUCAGCAGUGGGCUACAGGAGACCACUGAGUCAUCACGCUCGCAUGAACAUGAUGAUGAAACCUGACCCCAGAUACAGGGCAGAGAACCUGCUGGUGCUGCAGAUGGACCUGCCGUCCCGCUCCACCCUGGACUACCAGGAGCCCCUGCUGGGCCCCAAGAUGGCCGCUGCCCUGGAGGAGGCCAUGAGGGAGGAGGAGGAGAUCCAGGUGGAUGCCUCCUCCCUCCUCACCCCCCCUCCCCUCUCCUCAUCCUUCUCCAGAAGGAGCAAGGCUGGAACACUCCGGAGCAGCAGGAAGUCUGGCCCCUCCCCCUCUGGCCCCUCCCCCUCCAGCCCCUCCCCCUCUGGCCCCUCCCCCUACAGCCCCGGCUCACCCUGCUACCCACAUUCCCGUGGGCUGGUGCCCAAGUGACCCCACACACACACACAGUACUAAACACAAUCUAACUCACACACACUGUACUACACACACUCUCUCACACACACAUUACUACACACACACACAGUACUACACACUGUACUUAUUAUAAGAUAAUAAUACUAUAAGUAUAAAAAACUGUUCCAUAUAAUACUGUGCUGUUUGAGGACCCAGUAAAUGAGCUUAAAUAAGUUCAUGGCUUCACUAUGUCUGAUUGCUGUUCUGUACCACAGGGUCUUUCUGAUAGGCUGUACAGUACCACAGGGUCUUUCUGAUUGGCUGUAGAGAGGGUUGGCUGUAGAGAGGGUCUGCUGUAUCAGAUGCUGUUCUCCUGGGGGCUCUGGGUAGAGCUGUGGAUGACAGGAGGAUCCACACACAUCAGGGAUCACAGGUGCCUUGGGCUGUGUCUCCCCCUCUCCCCUCCUCACCCUUCCCUCCUCCUCGCCCUCCCCUCCUCCUCACCCUCCCCUCCUCCUCGCCCUCCCCUCCUCCUCCUCCUCACCCUCCCCUCCUCCUCGCCCUCCCCUCCUCCUCCUCCUCACCCUCCCCUCCUCCUCACCCUCUACUUGCACUCAUCUCCACCCCACCUCCCCCUGCCCUGACCCUGCAGCUGCCUGCCCUGACCCCUGCAGCUGCCUGCCCUGACCCCUGCAGCUGCCUGCCCUGACCCCUGCAGCUGCCUACCCUGACCCCUGCAGCUGCCUACCCUGACCCUGCAGCUGCCUGCCCUGACCCCUGCAGCUGUUUCCCUUGACCCCUGUAUACCCCCCUGCUGCUAGAGUAUGAUAUGAAUACUUGUUUAAAGUUCUGCAUAACUGUCAACAGUUGUAAAAACAGUAAAGUAAAUCAGUUUCGAUAUUGAACUUCUAACUUAUCAUCUUUUAUUCAUUUUUAUAAAAAGCAAAUGUAGAUACACAUUUUUACCCAGUGUUUUCUUUUGCUAUAGACUGCUGUUUAUAUUUUGGGAGUUGUAUAAUUUAAAGUUAUGUACAAAUCUUUUAUUUUUGUUUGUCAGACAUUCAGUAUGUACAGUAUAUUUGUCAUCUUUGAUUUAGAACCUGCUGUGUCCAGAUCAUUAGAGGCUGGCAUGUUCUAGAAGAUAAAUCAAUUUCAACAUGUUGUACAUUGUUUUAUAGACAAGGCUGCAAGGCUUACCCCCCUAAAUGAGACAUUGCGUGUUUGGGCUUAUGUACGUCAGCUUUUUGGUUCUGUAGAGGAUCUUGAUUAAAGGACUGAAUCCUCCAGCAUCUCAGGCCUCCAGACAGUCUGAGACCCUGAAUAUAACCUGACAUUUUACAGCAUCACAUUUCUGGACCGAAUGAUAUCAAUCCCGGAAUGUGAACGUCUUGAUUUGUUUGGGUCAAUUUUCUCCCAGGUGACAUCACUGGUCCCGCCCUCUGGAGGUGACCUCUGACCUUGCUCGAUAUGGGGGGGUUGCGACCUGCGUUUCGCCAAAGAUUGCGCUGACUCGCUUCAGCCUGUCUGCCAGGGGGUGCUGUUAGCUGGCUGGUUUCUCUUCAUUAAAGACGAUCUUAUCCCAGUU